CAUUCAGUUUUUCGCGGGAAAAGUUUGUGUAUAUAUAACCGACGGGACAAAUUGCUUUAUAGUCGCACACGGGACAGCUGCUCAGUAAAGACAUUAUCCAAAACGAGAAUGGACCCAUCAAUGUGUAUCAAAGUGUUUGUUUUAUGUGCCCUUACGUCAGGAGCACUUGGCGGCGGUUUGAAUUACGACUGCACUUCGAACGACGAUGUUCAAAUUUCCGGUUUUCCUGCAAAUUCUUACUAUUACGCCAUGCAGAAUUCCACUCAAUGCAAUGUAACGGCUUCAGGAACAUCGAUCUCAAUUUCGGGCUGUUCAAAAGAUUCAGAAAUUUUAGUCACGUACGGUUCCUAUUCUGACAUGGAGACGUAUUGGUUGCAUGGGGGAAAAGCCGUGAAUGCAGUAAAAGUUACAUGCAUUGAGAUCCCAGUCGCAGGAAACACACACAACGUUAGUGAAAUAUUUUCAGCAAACUUGACCAUUGACGAGACGCAGUCUGUUGACUCAUCCUACAACGUAACUUCAGCUCUCAGCAGUUACAGUGUAACUGUCGGGGAUCAAAUCACGUGGACAAUCACUUUCCCAGUGGAGUACACGCUAGAAGUUACCCAAUGCACAGCCAGUCCUGGAACCAGCUAUGUCUUGGCGGAUAAAGUCGACCUCAUAUCCAGCGGAGGAUGCCAUGUAAGCAGUGAACUUAUCAGCAAUUUUACAGACAACGGUGAUGGAACAGCGUCUGCAACAAUUGAAGCUUUUAAGUUCUACAAUAACGACCAAGUUUUCUUGACAUGUGAUCUGAAGGUCUGCCCAAGCGGCUCGACCUCGUGCGACACUCAAUGUGCAGGUUCCAGAAAGAGAGAAGUAGGCGACAUAUUCAAAAGAUCCGCUCCGGAAUCAGAGACUGUAGGAUUUUACCCAAAGCAAGUUCACAACGUAUUGACAGUGUUUGAUCCGAGAGAAAACAGCGCCAUGACAGUUACUCCAUUUGGAUGGAGCUUUGUGUUCACCUUGACCUUUGUGCUAUGCAACCGUCUGACCAGCGUCUUUUGAUACCAACAACAAAUGCCCUGCACAUGAAAAAUCCAUCUGACGUUUGCUACGCUAUACAGCUAUAAGUUGUUUUGCCGCAUUGUGCAUUGUUACAUACGUUAUUUUAUGUUUUGACUACGCAUUUAAAAUUAUCAGAGAUAAUAAAUUUUAAAAUGUA